AUGGACUCAAGUUCGGGCCCGCGUCGCGUGGACGAGACGAAAGAAGCCGAACUCGGCUUUGUGAACGCCGGAGUGCCCGGGUGGAAAUUGGCGAGCAAAUUCUUCCCGAGCAAACUGGGCGGCAAACCCGCGUGGCUCGCGCUGCAAGACUUGCCGUCGGACGAGGACCUCCGAUGUCGCCGGUGUCAAGAAAGAAUGGCGUUCCUGUUGCAGAUUUACGCGCCGAUUGAAACCCGGGUUGACGGGUUUCAUCGGACAUUGUUUGUGUUCUUGUGUCGGACUGCUUCGUGUGGACUCCAGAAUGCGGAAUGCUCGAACAUGGCCGUAUUCCGAAGCCAGUUGCCGCGGGAAAACCCGUACUACUCGUUCCACCCGACGCCGGAAAAGGACGACUCCCCGGGUCCGUCGGUGGCGGACUUCCACGCCAUCUGUUGGGUUUGCGGGCAACCCGCAUAUGGAAAGCGGUGUUCCAAGUGCAAAACGGCGACUUACUGCUCUGCCUUGCACCAGAAGACCGACUGGAAAGCCGGGCACAGGAAGGCCUGCGGGGAGUAUUCAGAGUCCGAGUUGUUGGCCAUGGCGAAACCGGAAGAAGAUCCGGUGUGUGAGCGGUUCUUGCGUCGAGUUCGGAUGUAUCCGGAACAGGUUUUGCGGUACCACAUGAAAUCGGAGCCGCUUUGGGUGUCUGUGGAGAAUCAAAUCAGUUUGUCUGCUGUUCCGCCCUGCGCCUUGUGCGGUGCCCCGAGGCAUUUCGAAUUUCAGAUAAUGCCGCAGUUACUCACGCACCUGAGUCUUGGGAGUGAAAAGGAUGCCGUCGAUUGGGGAACAAUUGCUGUUUAUACCUGUUCUGAUUCCUGUCGGCCGAGCGAAUAUGCGCGAGAAUUUUUAUGGAAGCAGGAUUUCUCGCCAAAUUGAGCUUUUGAAUGAAUGUCUGCGAGAAAAAAAAA